CGCAGACCCUCGGCUUGCAGUUCAGCGCCGCCUGCGCCCGGAGCGCUGGCUCCGCCGGCGCUGAGAAAUGGACCAAUUUUGACAAGAUGUAGCGCUGCAGCGUGCCUGAUGGGAUAUGUUCAGUCAUGGCAUCUGAACUCUCCAGAAAACCUUGCUCAGAAGCUUCCAAACCUUGUGGAACUGUACCUUCACUCAAAUAACAUAGUUGUGGUUCCAGAAGCCAUUGGAUCCCUCGUAAAACUCCAGUGUUUGGAUCUUAGUGACAAUGCCUUAGAUUGCCCAGAAAUUGGUCGUCUGAGAGCUUUACGUCAUCUUCGAUUAGCUAAUAACCAACUGCAAUUCCUACCUCCAGAGGUUGGCGAUUUGAAGGAGCUGCAGACACUAGACAUUUCUACCAAUCGUUUGCUAAAUUUACCCGAGAGGCUUCACCUGUGCCUUUCUCUGCAGUACCUCACCGCGGACCGCAAUCGUCUAUGGUGCGUGCCGCCUCAUCUCUGCCAGCUGCCCAGCCUCAACGAGCUCUCCAUGGCUGGAAACCGUCUCGCAUUUUUGCCACUUGAUCUAGAUCGAUCUCGAGAACUACAGUACGUGUACGUGGAUAACAACGUUCACCUGAAAGGCUUGCCAUCCUAUCUGUACAAUAAAGUCAUCGGGUGCAGUGGCUGUGGUGCUCCCAUUCAAGUUUCCGAGGUGAAGCUGCUUUCUUUCUCAUCGGGGCAGCUCACUGUGUUCCUCCCUGCCGAGGUGAAGGCCAUAGGGACAGAGAACGAUCACGUCCUGCCUCUGCAAGAGUUAGCCAUGAGGAGUCUCCAUCACACCUACCACAGUUUUCUUAAAGAUUUGAACUUUCUGUCUCCAAUCUCAUUACCCAUAAGUCUACUGGAGCUGCUGCACUGCCCCCUGGGGCACUGUCACCGGUGUAGUGAGCCCAUGUUUACGAUUGUCUACCCCAAGCUCUUUCCCUUGAGAGAGACGCCGAUGGCAGGGCUGCACCAGGGGAGGACAACAGUGAGCUUCGUGGCUUACUGCUGCUCUACCCAGUGUCUGCAGACUUUUGACCUACUGAGCUGAUAAACACCCGAGAGCCCCAGGAGCCUUGCCAGCCUGACACCGCGGCUGCCUGCAGAUCGCACCCUGUUUGCGUCCAGCCUGGCGGAACAGGCCCUCACAUCCUGUCCUGUGCCAUGCUGGGGGAAAGCUGCUGAGCUCUCUGGAAAUGUCGUGAUGGAGCUUCCGAGCUGAAAUGCCUUCACCCUACCCCCCCACCCCACGUUGGAAUAUAUCGUCCCCCAAAUUA